GGCUGGCGGAAUAAAAAGAGUAGAGGUGGAGAUGGGAGCAAGCGAGGCAAGGCGAUGGCCCACCAGGCAGGAGCACUGGCUGAGAUGCCUGGUAGGACUCGGGGGUCUGUGAAGCCGCGGAGCGGGUUGGCUGCAGCGCGCUGUGGUGCACGCGGAGGAGAGGGGCUGCGUGACAGCCGGGCCUGACGAGGAGACCGUGUGCACCUCAGCCUCAGGGGGCCUGCCCGCCCGGGUCCCCGCUCCGGACCCUGAACCCGAGGAGACGCUGAGUCUGGGCCAGCUGCCCGUGGAGCUGCUCGAGAUGGUGCUGGUCCACGUGCCCCCCCACAUGCUGCUCGGGCACUGCCGCCAGGUGUGCCGGCGCUGGCGCGACCUGGUGGACUGCCAGGCCCUGUGGCUGAGCAUCCUGACCCAAGACCACGCCUCCCUGUCCCCCAUCCUCAGCACCUGCCUGCCCCCCGCCGACGGCGACCCCAGGCCCUGCGUCCUGGGCCGCUUCUGCGAGCGCAGACCCAUAGGACGGAACCUCUACCAGAAUCCCACGGGCCUAGAAGGCUUCCGGAACUGGACAAUGCAGGGAGGUGGAGCCGGCUGGGGAGAGGAGGAAAACUUGGAGGUCAGGCUUGGGGCCAAUUCCCAGGCCUCCUUCCUGUCUGCCUACAGGUGGUGUCACAAAAAGAAAGUUUUGGACCUGGAGAAGGAGGGUCUGUGGCGGGAACUCCUGGAUAGUGGAAAGCUUGAGAUUUGUGUCUCUGCCUGGUGGAUAGACCAACAAGGCACGGCCUGUGUAUAUGAGCUAACUGUCCAGCUUCUAGAUGCCAACCACACUGUACUACAUAACUUCUCUCCUACACCUAUGCCCAUCCAGCAAGGUAGAAACAGUGUCCCCUUUGAGGUCAACCAUGUGUUCUUCAACUUCAAGAUGGGCGUCCGCUUUGUGUCUGUUGAACAGUGGAUUUGGGACUUGGGGUUCUGGCCUGAGCAAUAUGGAAUCUAUCUGCCCAAUGCCAGUGUGAUUCCACGGGUCCGUCUGUUCUAGUGAAGGACUAUCCUUGUAAAGCAGCCUGACAGGUGCCUUCCAGGAACUGGGACCGUGGGCAGGGCCAUCUCAGUAAUCAAGGGCUUGUAACUCCCCUGGCAUCCUGGGAUCUCCUGGGUCCAGUCUGAGGGUCCUAUUGGGCCCUGUAUUCAGGUUCUGGAAGCUACUAGAAGAAUGUUCUUCCACCAGAUUUACAGCUCCUGCUGCUCUAAGGCAGCUCCCAAUCUACUAAGUAGAGGCUCAGGCGUGAGCAGGGGAAAUGCUGAAUCAGGAGAGGGCUUCUCCCCCUCCCCCCACGCCAGGACCCCCUGGUUCAGCCCCAGUGCCCUCUGCCCUUGUCUCCUCCUGGUUCUGCACCAGAGGCUUUAUUAGUCCCAUGGUGCAGGAAGCCCUCUCAUGUCUGAAGUAAAAGCUCAUAGCUAUGGAAUUCUUUUCAAACAUGGAGAGAAUAAAUGAGCAAUAUAUCUGCCAA